AUGGCUUCGAUACCACCUCCGCCUCCACCGGGAUGGAGUGCUGGUGCGCCGCCUCCUCCUCCCGGCAUGGCUCCCCCGCCUCCAGGUUAUCGUCCGCCAGUCGAUCCUCGAGUCGCGAAGUUUGCACAGAAAAAGAAAGAGUGGCUCCGCACGCAGCGCAAUCGGUAUGGCGAAAAGAGGAAGGGCGGUUUUGUGGAAACCCAAAAAGCAGAUAUGCCGCCGGAACAUCUGAGGAAGAUUGUCAAGGACAUUGGAGACGUCAGCCAAAAGAAGUUCAGCAGCGACAAAAGAAGUUAUCUGGGCGCGUUGAAGUACAUGCCACACGCCGUGUUCAAGUUGUUGGAAAACAUGCCCAUGCCCUGGGAGAGCGCGAGGGAAGUCAAAGUAUUGUACCAUGUCAACGGAUGCUUGACACUGGUAAACGAGAUCCCACGAGUCAUCGAGCCAGUCUUUCAUGCCCAGUGGGCAACUAUGUGGGUUUCGAUGAGACGAGAGAAGAGCGACAGGAGGCAUUUCAAGCGCAUGCGCUUCCCCCCUUUUGAUGACGAAGAACCACCGCUGUCAUGGUCGGAGAACAUCGAAGACGUGGAGCCUCUAGAACCCAUUCAAAUGGAACUUGAUGAAAAUGAGGACGGCCCUGUCUACGAAUGGUUCUACGAUCACCGGCCUCUCCUGGAAACGCCACAUGUUAAUGGCCCAAGUUAUAAAACAUGGAACUUGACACUGCCGCAAAUGGCUACGCUUUACCGACUUUCGCACCAGCUCUUGAGUGACGUGGUGGAUAAGAAUUACUUCCAUAUGUUCGAUCGUGAGAGCUUCUUCACAGCAAAAGCUCUCAACGUUGCCAUUCCCGGUGGGCCCAGGUUUGAGCCUUUGUACAAAGAUAUUGAUCCCAACGACGAAGACUUCGGCGAGUUCAACGCAAUCGAUCGAAUCAUCUUCCGUGCGCCAAUACGGACGGAAUACAGAGUCGCCUUUCCUUAUUUGUACAACUCGCUGCCACGAAGUGUCAAACUCUCGUGGUACUCUCACCCUCAGGUUGUCUACGUAAGAUCCGAGGAUCCUAACUUGCCAGCUUUCUAUUUUGAUCCCGUCAUCAACCCCAUCUCCUCGAGAUCAGUAGCGCCAAAGAAUAUCACUAUCAGCCACGAGGAUGAGAUCUUCGGCGAAGGCAAUAAUGAAGACGAUGAGUUCGAGCUUCCAGGUAACGUUGAGCCAUUCCUCGCGGACGAGGAAUUGUACACCAGCGAGACAGCUUCUGCCAUCGCAUUGUGGUGGGCCCCUUUCCCAUUUGAUCGGAGGUCCGGAAGAAUGGUUCGUGCCCAGGAUGUCCCGUUGGUUAAGCAGUGGUAUCUGGAGCACUGCCCUCCUGGACAACCAGUCAAAGUCCGAGUCUCUUACCAGAAAUUGUUGAAGACCUAUGUUCUGAACGAACUGCAUCGGAAGAAGCCCAAGGCACAAAACAAACAAGACCUCCUCAAGACCCUGAAAUCCACCAAGUUCUUUCAGCAAACGACCAUCGACUGGGUAGAGGCGGGCUUACAAGUUUGCCGGCAAGGGUUCAAUAUGCUCAACCUGCUCAUUCAUCGGAAAAACUUGACGUAUCUGCACCUGGACUACAACUUCAACCUUAAACCGGUCAAAACCUUGACUACCAAAGAGCGCAAGAAGUCUCGCUUCGGCAAUGCGUUUCACUUGAUGCGAGAGAUUCUGAGGCUCACGAAGCUUAUCGUUGAUGCUCAAGUGCAAUACAGACUCGGCAAUAUUGAUGCAUUCCAACUGGCUGACGGCAUUCUCUAUGCUUUCAAUCAUGUCGGACAGUUGACGGGAAUGUAUCGUUACAAGUACAAGCUCAUGCAUCAGAUCAGGUCUUGUAAGGACCUGAAACACUUGAUCUAUUAUCGCUUCAACUCUGGUCCAGUCGGUAAAGGUCCUGGUUGCGGCUUCUGGGCGCCAGCGUGGAGAGUGUGGCUCUUCUUCAUGCGAGGCAUCAUUCCUCUUCUGGAGAGGUGGCUUGGGAAUUUGUUGUCGAGACAGUUUGAAGGUCGUCACAGCAAAGGAGUUGCAAAGACGGUCACAAAACAACGUGUGGAGUCUCAUUUCGACCUUGAACUCCGAGCGUCUGUCAUGGCAGACCUGAUGGAUAUGAUGCCUGAAGGCAUUAGGCAGAACAAAGUCAAUACCGUGCUUCAACAUCUUUCCGAGGCGUGGCGAUGCUGGAAGAGCAAUAUUCCUUGGAAAGUCCCGGGCUUACCAGCACCGAUCGAGAACAUCAUCUUGCGAUACGUCAAGAGCAAGGCUGACUGGUGGAUUUCUGUGGCUCAUUACAACCGAGAGCGGAUUAGGAGAGGCGCAACCGUCGACAAGACAGUAGCCAAGAAGAACCUUGGUCGAUUGACGCGACUGUGGCUGAAAGCUGAACAGGAAAGACAGCAUAAUUACAUGAAAGAUGGUCCUUAUGUUUCUUCGGAGGAGGCUGUGGCUAUUUACACGACUACUGUACACUGGCUUGAGUCGCGGAAGUUCUCGCCAAUUCCCUUUCCCAGUGUGUCUUACAAGCAUGACACGAAGAUUCUCAUCCUGGCUCUAGAAAGACUCCGGGAGGCGUAUUCUGUCAAGGCUAGGUUGAACCAGAGUCAGAGAGAAGAGCUUGCCUUGAUCGAACAGGCGUACGAUUCGCCCGGAACCACCCUCGCCAGGAUCAAGCGUUUCUUGUUGACUCAACGGGCGUUCAAAGAAGUCGGAAUCGACAUGAACGACAACUACAGCUCAAUCAACCCGGUCUAUGAUGUUGAGCCAAUUGAGAAGAUCACUGAUGCAUAUCUCGACCAAUAUCUCUGGUACCAAGCAGACACUCGACAUCUUUUCCCAUCCUGGGUUAAGCCUUCAGAUUCAGAGGUCCCACCGCUGUUGGUCUACAAGUGGGCCCAAGGUAUCAACAAUCUGACAAAUGUUUGGGAGACCGCAGACGGAGAAUGUAACGUCAUGAUCGAGACGCAGCUUUCCAAGGUCUACGAGAAGAUUGAUUUGACUUUACUCAACCGGUUGCUUCGACUCAUCAUGGAUCACAAUUUGGCCGACUACAUCACUUCGAAGAACAAUGUCCAGCUCAAUUACAAAGAUAUGAACCACACAAAUAGUUACGGCAUGAUUCGAGGCCUACAAUUCUCAGGAUUCGUCUUCCAGUACUAUGGAUUGGUCAUCGACUUGCUUCUCCUCGGCCUCCAACGAGCUAGUGAGCUCGCCGGACCACCCCAGAGCCCCAACGACUUCUUGCAAUUCCGAGACAGAGAAACAGAGACCAGACAUCCUAUUCGGCUAUACACGCGGUAUAUUGACAAGAUCUGGGUCUUCUUCAGAUUUACCGCAGAAGAGUCGAAGGAUUUGAUCCAGCGCUUUUUGACCGAACAGCCCGAUCCGAACUUUGAAAAUGUGAUUGGCUACCGGAACAAGAAAUGUUGGCCUCGAGAUUCUCGAAUGAGGUUGAUGAGACACGACGUCAAUCUUGGCCGGGCCGUCUUCUGGGAUUUGAAGAACAGACUACCUCGUUCAAUCACCACCAUCGAAUGGGACGACACUUUCGCGAGUGUCUAUUCCCGGGACAAUCCCAACUUGUUAUUCUCAAUGUGCGGCUUCGAGGUCAGGAUCUUACCAAAGCUUCGAAAUCAGAACGAUGAGUUCCCGAUCAAGGACAGCGUCUGGGCUCUCGCCAACAAUGAGACCAAGGAGAGGACCGCGUAUGCAUUCUUGCAGGUCACUGAAGAAGAUAUCCAGAAGUUCAACAACCGCAUAAGACAAAUCUUAAUGUCCUCGGGCUCUACGACUUUUACUAAGAUCGCGAACAAAUGGAACACGACAUUGAUUGCGCUGUUUACCUACUAUCGAGAAGCAGCUGUGUCUACUGUUAACUUGUUGGACACCAUUGUCAAGUGCGAGACGAAAAUCCAGACUCGUGUCAAGAUUGGCCUGAACUCUAAGAUGCCUUCCCGUUUCCCUCCAGCUGUCUUCUACACGCCGAAGGAGCUGGGUGGCCUUGGCAUGAUCUCAGGUUCUCACAUCUUGAUCCCGACUAGUGACAAGCGAUGGUCAAAGCAAACUGAUACGGGUGUUACGCACUAUCGAGCCGGCAUGUCUCAUGACGAGGAAACUCUCAUUCCCAACAUCUUCCGAUACAUCAUUCCCUGGGAGGCUGAGUUCAUCGACUCCCAGCGAGUCUGGACCGAAUACUCUCAGAAGCGGAUGGAAGCCAAUCAGCAAAAUCGGAGACUUACUCUGGAAGACUUGGAGGAUAGCUGGGAUAGAGGUUUACCGCGUAUCAACACUCUGUUCCAGAAAGACAGAAGCACUCUGAGCUUCGAUAAAGGCUUCAGAGCUCGCACAGAAUUCAAGCAGUAUCAGCUGAUGAAGAGCAAUCCUUUCUGGUGGACGAGUCAGAGACACGACGGGAAACUGUGGAAUCUAAACGCCUACAGAACCGACGUCAUCCAAGCCUUGGGCGGUGUCGAGACAAUUUUGGAACAUACCUUGUUCAAGGCAACAGCUUUUCCAUCCUGGGAGGGCCUUUUUUGGGAGAGAGCUUGUCUCGCCAACGGCACUAUGCUGCUGCGAUAUGAUGGCUCUAGGGUCGCCGUUGAAGAUGUCGUGGAGGGAGAUCUACUCCUGGGUCCCGACGGUGGUCCUCGUCGCGCAUUCAACAUCGUCAAUGGAAAAGACCGUCUAUAUCGUAUCAAGAUUGGAUCUCGAAAGGAGGAUCUCGUUGUCACUCCAAACCAUAUUUUGGUCCUCCACCGUAAGAAGGACGCCGCAGAAGAUGAUGUCUUCGACACCGUCGAAAUGACGGCCCGUGAAUUUGCGUCGCUCGAGCGCAUGGAGAGGACCAGAUAUCGCCUCUUCAGAAGCCCUGGUUUUGAGUUGCCAGAGCAGACACCACCAGUCAACGCGUAUUUUCUUGGACUUUGGCUAGGAGAUGGAUCACGCAGCGAGCCUACGGUCUACAGCGACCAUGAAACUGAAAUCCGAGAAUUUCUCGCUUCUUACGCGGCUGAACUCGACCUUCAUUUUGUUGGCAAGACCAGAGUCGGAGCUCGACCCCUUCCUCUAACGAAUGCUGAUUGCAGCAGUGACGACGACAGUGUGGAUUCCAUCUCUGAUAGUGACUUUAGUGGCGACGACGACAGUGUGGAGUCUGUCACUGAUGACUAUCAUGACCGAGCGUCACUCUUUCAGCGUCAACGUGUUACUCGUUCGGAGGCUGGUCGUUGGGCUUACGGUGAUUUGCCGCCCGAGGAGGAGGAAGAGCUUGCCGACAGGAUCGUUGGCAACUCUAACAAGUCCUCUGGUGUAAACACGCUUCUCAACGCGCUCCGUGGGCUUGGAAUCCUCACAGAAGGGGGCACGGACCCCGAAGCUGGCAAAAAGCGCAUUCCAGAAGUCUUUAUGAAGAAUACAAGAGCUGUUCGCCUGGCCGUCCUUGCAGGACUUCUCGACAGCGAUGGCUGGUAUGUUGACUCCGAGAAGAUGUUUUGCUUCCAGCGAAGUGAGCGCUGGCAUUCUCAUCUUUUCUGGGAUGUUGUUGCUCUUGCACGCUCUCUGGGUUUCAGCGUAUUGACUGAGCGGAUCAUGAAAUGCAAUCCUAAUCAUACGCAACAACUCCCUCAGCUUAUUGCCCAGAUAUUUGGCAAUCUCGCAGAGAUACCCUGCCUCCUCGCGAGCAAGAAACCAGUCGAGCGUUUCAUCCCACAAGCCCACAGCUUUAUGAUAGAGGAUGUCUCCCUCGAGGCCGAGCCCACAAAAUGGGCUGGUUUCCGCGUCGACAAAGACCAGCUUUAUCUCCGCCAUGAUUACCUCGUGCUUCACAACAGUGGCUUUGAAGAGUCCAUGAAAUUUAAGAAGCUCACCAAUGCCCAACGGUCCGGUCUCAAUCAAAUUCCCAAUCGUCGUUUCACACUAUGGUGGUCGCCCACCAUCAACAGGGCAAAUGUCUACGUGGGUUUCCAAGUGCAGCUCGAUUUGACUGGCAUUUUCCUUCACGGCAAGAUUCCGACUUUAAAGAUAAGCCUAAUCCAGAUAUUCCGUGCCCACUUGUGGCAAAAGAUCCAUGAAUCUGUUGUCAUGGAUUUGUGUCAAGUCUUUGAUCAGGAACUGGAGCAAUUAGGCAUUGAGACUGUUCAGAAAGAGACGAUCCAUCCUCGAAAAUCGUACAAAAUGAACAGCUCCUGCGCUGACAUUCUGUUGUUUGCAAGCCACAAAUGGAACGUCACUCGACCGUCUCUUCUUUUUGACACGAAAGAUCAGAUCGAGGCCACGACGACGAACAAGUUUUGGGUCGACGUCCAGUUGCGCUAUGGCGAUUACGACUCUCACGACAUUGAACGCUACGUCCGAGCCAAAUACCUCGACUACACGACUGACAGCAUGAGCAUCUAUCCGUCAGCGACAGGGCUGAUGGUUGCUAUUGACCUCGCAUACAACCUCUACUCUGCAUACGGCCAGUAUUUCCCCGGUCUGAAGGCUUUGGUGCAACAGGCAAUGGCCAAGAUAAUGAAAGCAAAUCCGGCGCUGUAUGUGCUACGCGAACGUAUCAGAAAAGGCCUCCAACUGUACGCCUCCGAAAGCACUCAAGAGUUCCUGAAUUCUCAGAACUAUUCGGAAUUGUUCAGCAACCAGACUCAAUUGUUCAUCGAUGACACAAAUGUUUAUCGAGUCACCAUCCAUAAAACCUUUGAGGGCAAUCUGACGACGAAGCCUAUUAACGGCGCCGUUUUCGUGUUCAACCCGAAGACUGGACAACUAUUCUUGAAGAUUAUCCACACCAGUGUGUGGGCUGGCCAGAAGCGUCUUGGACAGUUGGCUAAAUGGAAGACGGCAGAAGAAGUUGCUGCACUGAUACGAUCUCUACCUGUCGAGGAACAGCCGAAACAGUUGAUCGUGACGCGUAAAGGUCUUCUUGACCCUCUUGAGGUUCAUCUCUUGGAUUUCCCGAAUAUUUCCAUCCGAGCUUCAGAGCUCCAGUUGCCAUUCCAGGCAGCUAUGAAGGUCGAAAAGUUGGCUGACAUGAUUCUGCAAGCCAAGGAGCCACAGAUGGUCCUGUUCAAUCUGUACGACGACUGGUUGAAGUCGAUAUCGUCGUACACGGCGUUUUCAAGGUUGAUCCUCAUUCUCCGCGCGUUGCAUGUGAACACCGACAAGACGAAGCUGCUUCUCCGACCUGAUAAGACUGUCAUCACUCAGGCACAUCAUAUCUGGCCCACUCUUUCGGACGAAGAUUGGAUCAAGGUCGAAGUUCAGCUUCGAGACCUUAUCUUGAACGAUUACGGCAAGAAGAACAAUGUCAACGUUCAGUCUCUCACCAGCAGUGAAGUACGAGACAUUAUUCUGGGUAUGGAAAUCUCGGCGCCGUCGAUGCAACGACAGCAAGCCGCAGAGAUUGAGAAACAGCAACAAGAGCAGCAACAAUUGACUGCGGUGACGACCAAGACCCAAAAUGUCCGAGGCGAAGAGAUCAUUGUGACGACGACUUCGCAGUAUGAGCAACAGUCAUUUGCCUCCAAGACUGAAUGGCGAACGCGGGCGAUCGCGACCUCGAAUCUGAGGAUGCGUGCGAACAACAUCUACAUCUCGAGCGACGACAUUCACGAAUCGGACGAGUCGUUCACGUAUGUGCUCCCCAAAAACAUCCUCAAAAAAUUCAUCACAAUUGCCGAUCUUCGCGUCCAAGUGGCUGGGUAUCUCUACGGCUCAUCGCCACCGGACAAUGAUCAGGUCAAGGAAAUCCGCACGAUAGUGAUGGUUCCCCAGGUCGGUUCCAUACGCGAAGUACAACUGCCGCACCAACUUCCGCAACACGAGUAUCUCAAGACAAUGGAACCACUUGGGAUUAUCCACACAGUCAGUGGUAAUGAGAUGCCAUACAUGAGUGCAUCGGAUGUGACGAUGCAUUCUCGCCUAAUGGCUCAACAUCCCAGUUGGGACAAAAAGACCAUUACACUGACCGUGUCAUUCACCCCGGGUUCGGUGUCCCUCAGCUCAUGGGCCCUUAGCCCACAAGGAUACACAUGGGGCGCGUCGAACAAGGACACGCAAUCCGAUAAUCCGGCGGGCUUUUCGACUUCGUUUGGAGUCAAGACCCAAUUGCUCCUGUCUGACAAGAUCCGGGGCUACUUCCUGGUACCCGAGACGGACGUAUGGAAUUACAGUUUCAUGGGGGCGCAGUUUUCGACGGUGGAGAAGAGGCCCGUGUAUGUCAAGAUUGACACGCCGCGACGAUUCUACGAUGAUCUGCAUCGGCCCGUGCAUUUCAGCAGCUUUAAUGAGUUGGAAGACAUAUGGGCUGAUCGGGAGGAUGCAUUUGCUUGA